CUGUCUCGUAAGUUUCUCUGUCAAGAGCUGGCCAUUCUCAGGAGAACUGUGAACUUCUCACUUGAGAAGUAAGGGUUAAGGAACCCAGGAAGCCAUCAGGGAUGAUGAGCUCCAGGCGAGAGCUCAAUCAGGCAUGGAGGCUACCUGGAACAAAAGAAGUCAAAUCCACCCUUCACUACAAAAAGCAAGCACAGAGUCCUCAACGGGAGACAAAGCAAAACAGUCAAGAGGCAAGUGUAUUUAGGAAUGGAAGGUCAAAAUGCAGAUCUUGAUGUCAGGGACAUUUCUGAAGAAGCGAGGCCUCUAGAAGAACUACAUAUUCUUACAGUACCAGUAACACCCAGCGAGGUGUUAACCCAUGGUGAAACCAGGAUCUUCAGUGGUGCAGUGAAGAAGAGGUUACUUUCAGCUUUUUACUCCUAAAAAAAGCAUUCAAUGAACUGGCCAGACCUUUUAAGUGCACGCAGACCUUGAGAGUGCCCAAGCAGGCUUACUGUUAGAAAAAAAUCCUAUAUGGAAUUCAGACAGGUGGCCCAUCUCUGCACCUCCCUGAGACGUCUAGCUUUUCCAGGUGACUUCUGAAGUAUGGCUCACCACAACGUUUCAUCCUGCAGUCCUAUACUGACACCCCAUUUAACCAGGCUCUACUUCCUCGUACUCAUUGGAGGGCUGGCGGGCAUCAUCUCCAUUCUGUUCCUGCUGGUGAAGAUGAACACCCGAUCUGUAACUACCACAGCAGUUGUUAACCUGGUGGUGGUCCACAGCGUUUUUCUGCUGACAGUGCCUUUUCGCUUGACAUAUCUCAUCAAGCAAACUUGGAUAUUUGGGUUGCCCUUCUGCAAAUUUGUGAGUGCCAUGCUACACAUCCAUAUGUACCUCACAUUCCUGUUCUAUGUGGUGAUCUUGGUCAUUCGGUACCUCAUCUUCUUCAAGCACAAGGACAAAGUGGAAUUCUACAGAAAGCUGCAUGCUGUGGCUGCCAGUACCGGCAUGUGGCUGCUGGUGAUUGUCAUCGUGGUACCUGUGUUUGCGUCUCAGUAUGGAACUCACCAGGAGUACGAUGAGCAACACUGUUUUAAAUUCCACAAAGAGCUUGAUCGUGUAUAUGUGCGAGUCAUCAACUAUAUGAUAGUUACUGCUGUCAUAGCCACUGCGGUGGCUCUCCUCGUCUUCCAGAUCUUUAUCAUCAUGUCAAUGGUGCGGAAGCUACGCCACUCCUUACUAUCCCACCAGGAGUUCUGGGCCCAGCUGAAAAACCUAUUUUUUAUAGGAGUCAUCUUUGUUUGCUUCCUUCCCUACCACUUCUUUAGGAUCUAUUACUUGUACACGGUGGCAAACUCACGUGACUGUAAUGACACUGCUGCAUUUUAUAAUGAAAUCUUCUUGAGUGUAACAGCAAUUAGCUGCUUUGAUUUGUUGCUCUUUGUUCUUGGAGGAAGCCACUGUAAGCAAAAGAUAAUUGACCUAUGGAAUUGCCUCUUGUGCCAUUAGCCACAAACUUCAGUAUUCAGCACUCUUUUAUACUGGGAGUAGAAAUGGGCAUAGAGAGGUAGGAAGGGUUAUUUCAUUACUUGAUUAAAGCCAUGCCAUAAUGUGGCCAUUCAAAAGGACUAUAAAAUGUUAGAGCGUUCAUUCCAGUCCUUAUUUAAUCCCUACCACCUCUAAAUGAUGCAUAUAGAAAAACUAGUGAUGUUUAGUCCACCUGGAGUUGCAAUAUUGCAUUAUUUUCCUAUAUAAAAAGUCUA